AUAAAGACGUCACAACAUCAAGCUACAGAUGUCGGUCUAUACGAAUAGUGUGUUUCUUAUGUAGAUGUGUAUGGGCGUUGGACCCUUAUGCAAUCUAGAUCAUAGCAUAGUUACUGCGUGAAAUGUACUUUCUUCUGAAGAGGAAGGCGCGUAAACUCCUCUUCUUCCUCCCUCCUCUUUGCGAGGCGUUCCAUGUGCUGGUGCUCUGCUGCGCGCUCCCGUGUUGGCUCGGGGUUUUAACUGGCUAACGGAAUUAGAACAUUGACUGAGCUCCGGUUUCAUCCAUAUUCUGAAGUUCAGUUCGGAGGUUCGGGUUGGAGACGGUUGGGAGUGUUUCGGGUUUGAAAGUCUAGUUUUAACCGAAUAAAGGCAUGGAGGCUCAUGGAGUUCUCUCUCUGCUGUGCGUCGCGCUGUGCGCUGGGGCGCUCGCACAGCAGACCGACAGACCCAAGUUCUGGGAGUGUCCGGUGGACCUGUUCUUUGUGCUGGACACGUCUGAGAGUGUUGCUCUGAGGGCCAAACCUCCCAACUUCUACAUCGACCAGAUCAAGAGCUUCACUGAACGCUUCAUCAUGGAGCUCAAAGAGAUGCGCCAGCCAUGUGACCGCUCCCUGACGUGGAACUCCGGAGCGCUGCACUACUCUGAUGAGAUCAUCUUAGUGCGCCAGCUGAGUGACAUCGCCACCGAGCGACAGGCGCUCAUCAGUGACAUCAAGGGCAUCAGCUACAUCGGCAAGGGAACACACACUGACUGUGCCAUCAAGAGAGGCAUCGCUGAGCUGCUCAUAGGGGGCUCCCACUACCAGGAGAAUAAGUACAUCGUCGUGGUGACGGACGGGCAUCCUCUAACAGGUUACAAGGAGCCCUGUGGGGGGUUACAGGAAGCUGCCAAUGAGGCCAGGCAACACGGGGUUAAAGUCUUCUCUGUCGCCAUAUCACCUGACCAGGAGGACACCAGGCUGUCAGUGAUUGCUACAGACCAGAACUACAGACAAAACUUCACAGCAGCUGACAACAGCAGAUCCACCCAGCUACAGACCAUACGCAGCAUCAUAGAUAUGAUCACCAAUGAGACCAAGGAUGUGUGCUGUUCUUUCGACUGCAACGCUAAAGGAGGUCCCAAAGGACCAGUAGGAGACCUCGGGUCCAAGGGUGAAACAGGUAGACAGGGGAUGCCAGGGGAGAAGGGAGACAUCGGGGUAGAUGGAAAUGUGGGAGACCCCGGCCCUGUGGGGUACCGUGGAAUGAAGGGCGACCGUGGUGGAAGAGGUGACAAGGGCGAGAGAGGCCAUAAAGGCUACAAGGGAGACAAAGGACAACGGGGAACAGAUGGAGUUGAUGGACGUAAGGGUGAUCCAGGGUUUUCUGGUCUAGCUGGCUGUAAAGGUUCCCCAGGACCUGACGGCUCACAGGGAGACGGAGGUCCUAAGGGAGAUCCUGGUCCAUACGGAACCAAAGGAGCUAAGGGAGAUCAGGGGAAAGACGGAGAACCAGGACGACCCGGCAACUACGGACUGCCCGGAAUCAAGGGUACACCGGGCCCAAAAGGAGCCAAUGGGGACAAAGGACAGCGGGGUGAUGAUGGAGCACCUGGACCGGACGGCCUCCGGGGAGACAAAGGAACCCCAGGAGAGAAAGGAGAACAAGGAACCCGUGGAAACAGAGGACCAAGAGGAGAUUUGGGUGACCCAGGACCUCGUGGAGAUCAGGGCAGAGAGGGUUCAUCUGGAGCCAAUGGAGAGCCUGGUGACAUCGGCAGGGCGGGGUCUCCAGGAUACAGAGGAGAUGAGGGCGCCCCCGGACCAGAGGGCCCCAAAGGACCAAGAGGAAUCAAAGGAGCUCCUGGAGACAGAGGCCAGAUCGGAAACAGGGGAGAAGAUGGGGCACCAGGAAAUGGAACUGAAGGUUGCCAUGGUUUCCAGGGUUACCCCGGCCCACGAGGGGGCAUUGGAGAGCCGGGCGGGAAGGGAACCCCGGGACCCAAAGGAGAUGAUGGAGAGCCUGGAAACCCUGGCCUGGACAACGACUCCCCAGGACUCCCAGGGAACAAAGGAGCCAAAGGUCACCGAGGACCUGAAGGAAACCCGGGACCAGUUGGGCCUCCCGGACCUGCAGGAGUUGAUGAUUGUGAGAUUCUGGAUAUCAUCAUGAAGCUUUGCUCGUGCUGUGAGUGUAAGUGUGGGCCCCUGGACCUGGCCUUCAUCGUGGACAGUUCUGAGAGUAUCGGCUCCACGAACUUCGCUCUAGCUAAAGACUUCAUCAUCACCGUCAUAGACCGCCUUAUUAAGGACCAGCAAGUUCGUUUUGGUUUUAAUGAGUCCAGGGUAGGCGUGGUGCAGUACAGUGGGGAUGGAGCCCAGGAGGCUGUCAGACUGGGAGACCCCAACAUUAACACACUGACUGAGCUUAAACAGGCGGUGCGGGACCUGCGCUGGCUGGCUGAGGCCACCUAUACAGGGGAGGCUCUGCAGUUCUCUCUGACCAACAUGAUUGACCGUCUGCAGCAGGAGAACCGCGUGGUCCUAGUGCUCACUGACGGACGCUCUGAUAUCACCAGAGAUAAAACACCGCUCAACACACUCUGUGGGAAGGGCAUCAAGGUGGGUGGUCUGGGAGUGAAGGACUACUCUGGCCGCCAGCCCAACCAUGAACAGCUCAGUGCUGUGGUCUGUACGAGCGACCCUAAACCAGGCUUCUCCUUCGUACUGGAGAACUUCGCUGAGCUGCUGGAUGACAGCUUCUUACAGAACCUCACCACACGCAUCUGUGAAGAUAAGAAGUGUCCUAACUACAAAUGUCCCAUCUCGUUCUCAGGGGACACAGACAUCGUAUUGAUGAUGGACAGUUCAGCCAGUGUGGGACAGAGGAACUUUGACUCCAGCAAGACCUUCGUCAAGCGUCUGGCUGAGCGCUUCCUGUCUGCCGAGAGGUCCGGCCGCGCUGCCGUACGUGUUGCCGUGGGCCAGUACAGCCGUGAACGCCGCAUGGAGGCGGAGCUGACCUCUAACCUCACCCUGCUGACCCGUAAGAUCGAUGCCGCCACCUUCCAGAAUGAUGGUACUGACGUUACCAAGGCGAUGGCCUUCGCCAUGGAGCAAUUCAAGACAUCAGGGGGCGGGAACAGGAAGAGGAAGCUGGUGCUGUUCUCUGACGGGAGGUCGCAGGGCGUUACCGAGGCAAUGCUAGAGAAGCGCGUGCGGCUGGUGUCGGAGGCAGGAGUGGAGCUGUACGUUAUCACCGUGGGCAACCAGGUGAGCGAGGCCAACCUGCGCUCGCUGGUCAGCAGGGGGAGGAGUUACGACGUCACCUACGCCCAGCGCCACCUGUUCCGCGUCCCAGACUACCCAUCUCUGCUGCGUGGCGUGUUCUACCAGACCGUGUCCCGCAGGGUCUCCCAGGCCUGAGUGCAGGGAUCAGGGCUGGGACCACAUGCUCUAAAGUUCAGUCUCCCUCAUUAUGAAUAUCCAUUCGUACUUCGUCGCUAAUUUACAAUCACUGUGUUUUAGUUGUGUUUUUAUGUCUGAUAAUGACAGAAGACGAUUGUGUGUCAGACUGUGUAAGAGAUUGUGUUACACUGUGUUCAUGUGCAUGAUUAUCAUUAUCAUGAUGAUCUGAAUUAUCAGGACCAUCCAAACGGGAAACUCCUGAAAAACUCCCGUAACAGAAACUAGUUUCAGAUAAAACAGUUUGUUAUGAGCUUCUAAGUUGUAACAUCUCCCAGUCAGACUGUUCCCAGUUCCAUAAUUCCCAGUCAGACUGUUCCCAGUUCCAUAAUUCCCAGUCAGACUGUUCCCAGUUCCAUAAUUCCCAGUCAGACUGUUCCCAGUUCCAUAAUUCCCAGUCAGACUGUUCCCAGUUCCAUAAUUCCCAGUCAGACUGUUCCCAGUUCCAUAAUUCCCAGUCAGACUGUUCCCAGUUCCAUAAUUCCCAGUCAGACUGUUCCCAGUUCCAUAAUUCCCAGUCAGACUGUUCCCAGUUCCAUAAUUCCCAGUCAGACUGUUCCCAGUUCCAUAAUUCCCAGUCAGACUGUUCCCAGUUCCAUAAUUCCCAGUCAGACUGUUCCCAGUUCCAUAAUUCCCAGUCAGACUGUUCCCAGUUCCAUAAUUCCCAGUCAGACUGUUCCCAGUUCCAUAAUUCCCAGUCAGACUGCUCCCAGUUCCAUAAUUCCCAGUCAGACUGUUCCCAGUUCCAUAAUUCCCAGUCAGACUGUUCCCAGUUCCAUAAUUCCCAGUCAGACUGUUCCCAGUUCCAUAAUUCCCAGUCAGACUGUUCCUAGUUCCAUAAUUCCCAGUCAGACUGUUCCCAGUUCCAUAAUUCCCAGUCAGACUGUUCCUAGUUCCAUAAUUCCCAGUCAGACUGUUCCAGGUUCCAUAAUUCCCAGUCAGACUGUUCCCAGUUCCAUAAUUCCCAGUCAGACUGUUCCCAGUUCCAUAAUUCCCAGUCAGACUGUUCCCAGUUCCAUAAUUCCCAGUCAGACUGUUCCCAGUUCCAUAAUUCCCAGUCAGACUGUUCCUAGUUCCAUAAUUCCCAGUCAGACUGUUCCAGGUUCCAUAAUUCCCAGUCAGACUGUUCCCAGUUCCAUAAUUCCCAGUCAGACUGUUCCCAGUUCCAUAAUUCCCAGUCAGACUGUUCCCAGUUCCAUAAUUCCCAGUCAGACUGUUCCCAGUUCCAUAAUUCCCAGUCAGACUGUUCCAGGUUCCAUAAUUCCCAGUCAGACUGUUCCAGUUCCAUAAUUCCCAGUCAGACUGUUCCCAGUUCCAUAAUUCCCAGUCAGACUGUUCCAGGUUCCAUAAUUCCCAGUCAGACUGUUCCAGGUUCCAUAAUUCCCAGUCAGACUGUUCCAGUUCCAUAAUUCCCAGUCAGACUGUUCCCAGUUCCAUAAUUCCCAGUCAGACUGUUCCCAGUUCCAUAAUUCCCAGUCAGACUGUUCCCAGUUCCAUAAUUCCCAGUCAGACUGUUCCAGGUUCCAUAAUUCCCAGUCAGACUGUUCCCAGUUCCAUAAUUCCCAGUCAGACUGUUCCCAGUUCCAUAAUUCCCAGUCAGACUGUUCCCAGUUCCAUAAUUCCCAGUCAGACUGUUCCAGGUUCUACAAUUCCAAGCAGCACAUGAACACAGCAUUAAACAGGAAGGUUACUGUAAAAUAAUGUUUUUUUGUGUGUUUUUUUU